AUGGCGAACCUACAGAACAACAACGCCUUUAUAAUGAAGAUGUUGACUCUUAUUCUCCUGCUUUGUCCAAUUAAUCUAGUUUUUGGAGAGAUUCGGUAUUCUAUCCCAGAGGAAUUGGAAUAUGGUACCUACGUUGGGAAUAUCGCUGAAGAUUUAGGACUAAAUGUUCGGCAACUGUCAGCUCGAAAAUGUCGUCUUGCAUCAGUAGACGGAAGACAGCAUUUGGAGGUAAAUCUGGAGAAUGGCGUUUUGUUUGUUUACGAAAGAAUGGACAGAGAGCAGUUGUGUGCACAAAUCACUAGAUGUAUCCUAAAUUUCCAAAUAAUAGUAGAAAAUCCUCUGGAAAUGUAUCGCGGUGAAGUCGAAAUUGUUGAUAUUAAUGAUAAUUCGCCCAGUUUCCCGGAGAGUGCCAUUCUCUUACAAAUAGCGGAAAACAUUGCGCCAGGCUCACGUUUUCCACUAGAGAGCGCGCUCGACCCAGACGUGGGGACAAACGCAGUCACCGCGUACGAACUCAGUCCGAAUGAACACUUCAGAUUAAAUGUGCAAACAAGGGAGGACAAUACUAAACUUGCAGAGCUACUGGUAGAGAAGCCCUUGGACCGAGAACAGCAGUCGUUCUUCGAGCUGGUAUUAGCAGCCUUUGAUGGUGGGACCCCUCCAAGAUCUGGGACCAUUCAAAUCAACGUUAAUUUGCUUGACAUCAAUGAUAACGCGCCUGUAUUCGACCAGGAAGUAUACAGGGCGAGCUUAGAGGAAAACACACCUCCAGGUACCUUCGUGAUCAAGAUCAACGCUGUCGAUCCAGAUCAAGGCACCAAUGCAGAGUUAAAAUACUCUUUCAUUAACCUUGUCUCUCGCAGAGUGCGCGAACUAUUCAGUUUGGACCCAGAUACUGGAGAGAUAAGAGUUCAACAGCCUUUGGAUUUUGAAGAAGCGAGCAGUUACGAACUCGCUGUUCAAGCCAUGGAUAAUGGCUCGCCAGCAAUCGCAGGACAUUCUAAAGUGUUGAUCAAACUAGUUGAUAUGAAUGAUAACGCCCCUAAGAUAAAGGUGGCUUCACUAUCCAGUAACGUCCCAGAAGAUGCAGAUCUCGGGACUGUGGUAGCUUUGAUCGAUGUAACAGAUCGCGAUUCUGGAGCUAAUGGUCGAAUCCACUGUCAGGUUCCUAAGGAAUUUCCAUUUAAGCUGCUAUCCUCUUUGAACAACCAUUAUAAGUUGAUUACAAGUGGCUUGUUGGAUCGUGAAACUAUCACUGGAUAUGACAUUCCUAUUUUAGCCUGGGAUUCAGGGUCUCCCCCAUUAUCGUCAAAUCAAACCGUCCAGAUCUCGAUUUCUGAUGUCAAUGAUAAUGCUCCAAGGUUUGCUCGACGUACAUAUACAGAGUAUAUAAUGGAGAACAACGUCCCGGGUGCUUCGAUUUCCACGGUGACUGCAUUUGAUCCUGAUCUGGAUCAGAAUUCCUAUAUUUCUUAUUCUUUCAAAGAUAUUAUCCAGCAAUCGCCAGUCUCCACCUAUCUCAAUAUUAAUUCAUUGAACGGGACCAUUUAUGCGCUGCGCUCUUUCGAUUACGAGAAUGUCAAAAACUUCCAAGUCCAAAUUCAAGCGCGUGAUGCGGGGGUUCCUCCUCUGAGCAGCAGCGCAACAGUCAAUGUGAUUAUCCUGGAUCAAAAUGACAACGCUCCAAUCAUUAUUUCACCAUCAACACAGAGCGGAUCAGCAGCGGAAGUGGUCGUGCCUCAAUCAGCUGGCCAAGGUUACUUGGUCACCAAGAUAAUCGCAACUGAUGCCGAUUCUGGUCAGAACGCACGGCUCUCCUAUCAGAUGGUUCGAUCAACCGAUCUUACUCUGUUCACUAUCUCCAGUAAUUCAGGAGAAAUCAGAACAACGCGCAACAUUUUAGACCAGGAUGGCAGUACGCACAAUCUUGUCAUCUCGGUGAAGGAUAACGGGCAGCCCCGUCUCUCCACCACGGCUACAAUCGUCCUGUCCAUCCUGGCCAAUGUUAGUGAAAAAAGCUCGGAUACAAAUAAUUUAGUCGGUACAUCUAACUACUCUUCUGAUCUAAAUCUUUAUUUGAUUGCUGCUUUCAGUUCAACUUCGCUUAUAUUCCUUGUAAUCAUUGUUUUAUUGGUUGUCCUGAAAUGCCAUCAGGACAGGAAUGAUGUUCCAGGCUAUUGGUCCCCUGCUUGUUGCUGCAGCCGAAUGAAUGCGAAGGAAACGUUUAGUCGGGCUUCGGUGCCCACAGACUCUUUAAACUACAGCGGAACUGGACAGAACAUCCCUUUCCCAGAAACCUACCAAUACACGGUUUGCUUGUCCCCGGAAUCAUCAAAGAGCGAUUUUUUGUUCUUGAAACCCUGCAAUCCACACGUGCCUCAAGUUCCGGUAACAAUGGCGUAUUCACAAAGCAACAACGCCUUGAAAUUCACGGUGAUAUUUUUUAUUUUCCUCGUCUGUGCACUGGAUGUGGUUUCUGGGCAGAUUCGUUAUUCGGUUUUCGAAGAAGAGGAGCAGCGCUCUAUCAUUGGUAAUAUUGCUGAAGAUUUGGGAAUGGAUACUGGAACAUUUUUAGUUCGGAAAGGUCGUCUGGUCUCUGACUACACAAAGCGCUAUUUAGAAAUAAAUUUGCAAAAUGGCAUGUUAUUUGUCAAUGAGAGAAUGGAUAGAGACCAACUUUGUGGCCCAAUUCCCAUUUGUAUUAUUUCUUUCCAAAUUAUUUUUGAAAAUUCUCCCGAAAUGUACCGCGGUGAAGUGGAGAUUGUUGAUAUUAACGAUAAUGCUCCCAGUUUUCCGGAGAGUACCAUUCUCCUACAGAUGGCCGAAAGCAUUGCAGCAGGCUCGCGAUUUCCACUAGAGAGCGCCCUGGAUCCAGACGUGGGAAUAAACUCAGUCACGACGUACAGCCUUAGCCCAAAUGCACACUUCAGUUUACAAGUGGAGACUGCAGAAGACGGUGCUAAAACUAUCGAGUUGCUGUUGGAGAAACAGUUGGACCGCGAAAGUCAGGCAUCUCUUCAGCUGUUGCUGACAGCCACCGACGGGGCGAGUCCUCCCAGAUCGGGGACUGCUCAGAUUCUCGUUACAGUGUUGGACAGCAACGAUAACGCGCCUGUAUUCGAUCGUAAAGUCUAUAAGGCCAACCUAGUAGAAAAUUCUCCCAGGGGAACCUUAAUAGUUACAGUCCAUGCCACUGAUCCAGACGAAGGUUCGAAUGCUGAGGUAACCUAUACUUUCAGUAACCGUGUUUCACAGAAAAUGCAUGAAUUGUUCUGUUUGGAUCCGCGAACAGGAGACAUUACUGUUCAAGGAAUGCCUGAUUUUGAAGAAGCAGGUAGUUAUUCGCUUGAUAUUCAAGCUGUAGACCAUGGUUCGCCAGAAAUUGCAGGGCAUUCUAAAGUCUUAAUUAAAGUAACUGACGUGAAUGAUAACGCCCCUGAGGUAAAAGUGACCGUGCUGUCUAACAUGGUGCCAGAAGAUGCAGCACAAGGGACACUGGUAGCUUUAAUCAAUGUCAUAGAUCGUGAUUCUGGACAAAACGGACAGGUCCACUGUCAGAUUCCUUUGGACAUUCCCUUCAAGCUUCAAUCAUCUUUGAGCAACAAUUACAAGUUGAUUACUAGCGGCUUGUUGGAUCGCGAAGUUAAUCCUUUGUACAAUAUACCUAUUACUGCAUGGGACCUGGGGUCAUCACCACUAUCAACAAAUAAAACCAUCCAGAUCUCUCUUUCUGAUGUAAAUGACAACUAUCCCCGGUUUGCUCGACCCACGUACACAAUAUAUGUGAUGGAGAACAACGCUCCGGGUGCUUCAAUUUCCACAGUGAAUGCGUUCGAUCCUGAUCUGAAUCAGAAUUCACAUAUUACCUAUUCCUUCACGACAAACCUUAUUCAAGAUUUGCCAGUGGAUACCUACCUCAAUAUAAAUUCCAUGAACGGGACCAUUUACGCACUGCGCUCUUUUGACUAUGAACAACUGAAGAACUUCCAGGUCCAAGUUCAAGCCCGUGAUGGGGGAGUUCCUCCACUGAGUAGCAGUUCAACAGUCAAAGUGAUUAACCUGGAUCAAAAUGACAACGCUCCAGUCAUCAUUUCACCGUCAGCACAGAGCGGAUUAGCAGCGGAAGUGAUUAUGCCUCAGGCAGCGAGCCAGGGUUACUUGGUCACCAAGAUAAUUGCAACUGAUGCUGAUUCUGGUCAGAACGCACGGCUAUUCUACCAAGUGCUGAAAGCCAGUCACUCCAGUUUGUUCAACGUGGGGCUUAACACUGGCGAAAUCAGAACAACACGAGGCAUUUUGGAGCAAGAUGCCACAACACAUUCUCUGGUCAUCUUGGUGAGGGAUAAUGGACAACCAAGCCUCUCCAGCACCGUUGCAAUCAUCUUUUCGAUUAUGGAAAAUAUCACUGAAAUGUUCUCCGAGGCUAGUAAUUUCGUUACAAAUUCUGAACAUGUGUCAGAUAUAAAUCUUUAUUUAAUUGUCAUUUUAGGUUCAACUUCGUUUAUAUUUUUUGUAACCAUUAUUUUGUUGAUUGGCAUUAAAUGUAAACAAGGCAGAAAUAAUAUCGAAGACUACAACUCCCCUGGUUGCUGCUACAGACUCGAUGAUUCUAAUGAUGUUUAUAACCCGACACCUGCGCUGAAUGAAUAUUUAAACUAUACUGGUGCUGGUGAGAUUGUUCGUGUCCCUGAAACGCAUCAUUAUGCGGUUUGUUUGUCUCCGGAAUCAGCAAAGAGUGAUUUUCUGUUUUUGAAACCCUACACUCCACCCAUAUCUCAGGACUAGUACCAGAUUCCUCCAGAAAAAUGAGACAAGAAAUUACUGUCAAUCUUUGUUAAAUCCACAUAUGUAUCAG